CGUUCCAUACUUGUAGAGCUUAUUUGAGUGCAUGCAGUGAGAGAAACGAUCACGAGCUAAAUUAACUUCGAUUUCAUCUGCAAAAUGCCGGGAUACGAGGCAGCAUUGAUAAUGAGGGUCAUGAGGAGGCCCGAAAUGGUGGAUGCAUUGAAGCGAUCCCUCACAGAAGUGAUGGAAAAUGGAGGCAUUGUGAGGAAGAUAGAAAACCUGGGUGAAAAGCAGCUACCUUACCGUUUCACAGCUCAUCGGCAGAAUUUUAGCCAUGGACAAUACUUUGUGAUUGACUUUGAUGGCCCGCCGACCAUCGUCGAACCUCUCAGGGAGUACUUCCGUCGCGACAUUGACAUCAUCCGUCCAAGCCUCCUGAACAGGGUGUCCGAACAGUGGCCGGAGGACACGGUCUGUGAAGGACCCCAUGACGAGCGGUACAAUCCGGUGGUCAAGAGUGCCAAGAAACUGAAGGUCAAUGUGUUACAGGAAUUGGAGGAUGCAAACAUUAAACUAUGAUCGAGUCCUAAAUUGAGCGUUGAACAUUGGUCGAAAGACGCCGUCUGUGAAGAAACUUGUGAUGAGAAGUAUAACCUUGUUGUCAGGAAAUCUAAGGAUCUUGAAGGUCAAUCUUGAAGGUCAAUGUCUUCAAGAUCUGGAAGAUGCUAUAACAGUGAAGUUUGACAGCAUCUUGAAUUGAGUGUCUGAACUCUUUGAACUCUUUGACAAAAUCCCAAGAGCAGAAGAUCAGUGUCUUCAAGAACUGGUAGAGGCUAACAUUAGACAAUGACGUCAUCUUUGAUUGAGUGUCCAAAUAGGGCCUGAAGGACACAGUCUGUGUACAGGCUCUUUAUCAAAGGCCCCAAGAAAAUUGAGGCCAAUGUCUUACAAAUUCUGGAAGAUGCCAACAUUAAAUGAUGAAGGCAUCUUGACUUCAGUGUUUGGAAGACAAGUUUUUUUAAAGUUUUUGUUUACAAUCGGUUAAGUUUUGCUCGAUUAUGUGAGAAUUACUUACCAUCAAUAUGCAAGCUCAAAAUUAUCUUUGAGAAAUCUUGUCUGGGAAAAGCACAUUUUCCGGCAGAGUAGAUCAAUCAAAACUUUUGUAUAAGAGUCACUCGGACCAAAACUGUGUGGCAAAUUCACUGCUGUACUAGGUCAAAAUACACACCAAAAUCAGUAGAAGCAUGUUUCCAUUAUCUUUAUAAUUUGCUAUUUAAACUAGAAAAUUGAAAAUUAAAUUUUAAAUAAUUAUUUUCCUCACAUGUUUCAACUAUCCCGGACAGAUCGGGGUUGAUACGAGCAAAACCUAUAUAAGCUAGUUCUACACAUGAAUCUGAGCAAAAUCCAGUACAAGGUUAUUUCCAAUAACCUUGUUCAUGUAUUAGUUGAGUGGAUCAAUGAUGUAUGCAGUUGUUAUUGUCUGAAUCAUGUGAAUUUAUGCAAUAAAGAAAAAUUUAUCAUAUCUGGAA